AUGAGUAAUAUAAAUCACGAGCAGUGUGUGUCUAAACUACAAGGACACUUGAAGGGUGCCACAGCCACUAUCCAAGAGAUUGAAGAACUCUUGAUGAGUUAAGAACAUAUCAUUUGGCAAUAAGCAAAGGAAAUUGAAGAACUUAGAAGGAGAUUAUAAGAAUUCGAAAGUUUAGGCUUUUAAAAUGAAUAAGUGCAACAUUUGAAGAACAUUAAUGUUUAACUGAAGACAUAAAUUGAGUUUUUGAGGGCUGAGAUUUAAGAGAAAGAUGAGAUGAUUGCAUAAUUUACUUCUAAACCAGUAUAAGCAGCAUCACCAGACAUACUUGCUGCACAACAACAAUUAAUUUAAUAGAAUCUAUAGCUACAAAAUAUUAUAGGGGAUCUGCAAAAUCAAAUUUUGAAUAAGGAUGCCGUAAUCGGUUAACUAAAAACUUAGGAAAGUACCCUAGAUUAAUUGAUAGGAUAACUUUAAUCGAAUAUUUAAUCGAAACGAAGUAAAGUAGGAGCAACUCAACAAGGAAAUGAAGCAUCGAAUGUACUGAAUGAAUUAUAAUAAUAUCCAGAAGCAUUGCAAGAUGUUAUUGAAAGGAUCAUACAGGAAUAUAGAAGAAUGCAAUUUCUAAUAGAGGAAAAGGAUAUUGAAAUUCAAAAUCUGAAAUCUCGACUUUAACUCCAACAGCAAAAAGCAAAUGACUCCAUUUCUGAAAUUAAAAAAAGAGAUAUAUCUCCUAAAUAAUCAGAUCAAGCAUUAGAUUUAGCAAAGUAAACAGCCACAAUAGAUGAUAUGAUAAAUGAUUUGGAGAGAAAGCUAAUGUCAUAAGAUAAUAGGAAAAAAGAAUUAGAAGCAAAAUUAUUGGAUGUGGGAAUCUAAAAUGUGGAAUUGGAGAAAUAGUUAUAAUAAUCUAAAGAUCAGCUACCAAAGACAGUGGAUGAAUUAGUUAAAGCUAAUUUAGAUGUUAAUGAUAAAAUUAAUGAACUUUAAAAAGCAUUGAUUUAAAAAUAGAAUGAAAAAGAUCAACUGUAGAAAUAACUUAAUGUUAGUAAUGAUAAUUAAUCAUAACCUAAUUUAAAUAAAUAAGAUAAUGAGAAAUUAAAUACAAGUUAAGGAAGAAAUAAUAUAGAUGAUCUAGUACUUGAAAAUUAAAAAUUGGAAGAUUUGAUUGCAGAAUUAUAAUAGAAAUUAGUUGAUAAAUAAGCUUAAAAAGAAGAGAUUGAAAAUGAAAUUAAGAAGCUCAAUAUUCCAGCUUUAUAAUAAGAUAUAAAGGAUCUAAAGAAAUAACAUGAAAUAUUAGAGGCUGACUAUCAAAAUCAGAAAAAAGAAAAUUAAUAAUUGCAAGAUGAGUGUAAUUAAAAUAAAGAAAUAUAAUAAAAAUUACAAUAAGAAAAUAAAGAAUUAUAGGAUUCUAAUAAUCAAACUUAAUCAUAAAUUAAAUAAUAAUAGGAUAGGCUAGCAUAAUUGUAGGAUCAAAAGAAUAAAAAUUCUAAUAAAUUAGCUAACGAUGAUUUCUAAAAGCUAUAGGACAAAUUUAAUUAGACAGAGGAGAAUAAUAAAAUAUUAGAACAAUUGGUUUAAUAACUGAAUGAAGAACUAAAAUAAUAACAGUAAGAUAAUUAACCACUAUAAGAGGAAUUGAUGGAUCUAAAAUCUAAAUUAUAGGAUACAAAGGAAAACAAUUCAGAAUUGGCUUAACAAGUUCAACAACUUGAAGAGGAAUUAAACAACUUGAAAAAAGAAUAAAUGCCGAACAAGGAAUCAGCAAAACCUAAUUAUAGUAAAUCAGUCGAGCAAUAAAGGACGACUCCUGUCGAAAAAUUUAGAGAGCCAUUCUAAAGUAUAUUGGAUAAAGAAGAAUUUUCGUUUGAUUUAGGUAGCGUUAAUUAAUAAGAAGUUUCAUCAUAAGAAGUAACAAAUACCCCUGAAAAUCCUAAGUACACUUAAUUUGCUAAACAUAAAACUCAAGAUGGGAAGUUAAUAACUAUUCCCCUAGAUAUAAUUAAGAACUAUGAAUAUUUAAUUAGAGAGAAAGAAAAUGAGAUAGAUGAACUCAAAAAUGAACUUGCUAAUUAAGGGCUUUAGAGUAUACCUCUUAAUUUCUAAAGUGGAAAUAUGGAAUCUAAUGAAUAAGAUAAUAAUAACUUUUAGUUAUAAGCUUAGGGAACAGAUCAAAAUUACGAACAAAAUCCAGAAGAUCAAGGGGCCACAAUUGAAUAAUUGUAGAAGAAAAUAAGGACCAAGGAUGAUUACAUAUAGAUGCUUUUGGAAUAGAUUGAGGAACUUAAGCAAUUUGGAACAUUGUCUGAAGAACAGUAGAGAGAGAAAUUAGAAAUAAAUCAACGAAAGUCUGAUGAUCUUGUGAAGUAGAAUAUGGAAAUUGCAGAUUUAAUAAUAGAUUUGGAAAGUAAAUUAGCCAAUAGGAAGAUUGAGAAUGAAGAGAUAAAGAAAUAGUUAGAAGCAGCAAAUAAAGAAUAUAACGAUUAAUAGUAGAGAUCAAAAAUGUAUGAGGUGUAUAUGUUGAACAAAGAAUUAGAUGAGGAUAUAUCAUUAUCUCCCUAAUUAACUUAAGAAGAACCUUUGUAUGAUAAUUAAUAAGGUUUAGAAUAAGAGAAAUCUGAAGAUCUUUAAAGAAAACCCAAAAUGUUAACAAUUAAAGAAAAAUAUGAAAAAAAAAUAAAGGAUCUCAAAAGACUAAAUAAAAAACUUAUGGAUUAGAUAAAAUAAUUAAGCGAAGGAUAGAAUUAAUAAAUUCAUAUUCCUUAACAAGAGGAUGACAUAAAAACUAAAUAAGUAUAAAAGUCAGUUUAAAAUUAAGAUCAAUCUGAAUAACCUUAAAAGUCAUAAUAAUAGCCAUAAACUACCCAAGAUCUUCAACAAUAAUAUGAAAAAGGUUUAGAGAAAUAAACUGACUUGAUUUAAGAAGUUUAAGCCCUUUAGGAUAUAAUUGAAAAUCUGGAACUCAAGGUAUAGGCCAAGAAAGAGGCAAAGGAUGAAUUAGAAGCUCAACUUUGUGCUUUAGAGAAAAAGACAGAAGCUCGAUCACAAAGUUCUUAACUUUAGGAAUCAGCGACUAUGGCAAGCACAUCCAAAUUGGAUUAGGAAACUUUGUAAAGAUAGUAUGAUCAAGAAGUACAAAUAUCAAGAUUGAAGGACUUGUUGACAGAAAAAGAAAAAGAGCUUGCUAAAUUGAAAGACUUAGUAAAAGAAAAAGAGAACGAGCUUUAAUCUUAUAAGGAAUAAAUACCAUCGAUACAAGAAUAUUAAAAUUAACAGUUCCUCCACUCAUAAGAAGAAUUAGUAAACACAGAAUUGCGUAAGGAUAUACAAAGAUUGGAAGAUCAAUUAGAAGCUCAGAUAAAACUAAAUAAAGGAUUAUAGUAAAGAAUGGAUAAUUAGCAUGAAUAAGCUGCUUAAUUGUCUCAAAAAAUAAGAGAAUCUUCUCUUGAUUCGAGUUCGUCGAAUUCCUAAAUCAGGGAUAACAAGCAAAAACUUGUAGAAAAAUAAUAAAAGAUAGAUGAAUUAGUUAAAGAGCAUUUAAGCUUAGAUGACCUGAUUGAAGAAUUGGAACAGAAACUUGUAGCUAAAAAUGACUAUAAAGAUUAAUUGUUAAGUUAAUUAUAAGAAGGAACUAAACAAGUUUAAUAGCCUAACCAAGUUUAACCAAAUCAACUAUUUUUGAAACAGCAGAAUUAAGGAUAAAUGAUUGAACAAAUCUAAGAACUUAGUGAUGUUUAAUAAGUAGUCAGCAACUUCGAAGAUUAAAUUUCUAUUCCUUUGUAAACAGGACAGAUUCUACAAGAAUUGGAUGGAGAUAGUUAAAAGUAAGAUCUCAAAGAACCAAACCCUUCUGAAUAGGAAUCCAACCAACUUCAUCCUGCAAGAUCAUAACCUGUAUUUACUAGAGCAGAUAAGGAGGAGACUGAACCAAAACUAUAAUAAGUUAAAUCUACAUAAGGAUUUACAUCGCCUCAAGAAUUUUUGGUGAAGGAAGGAAUAGAUGGGAAAAAGUUACAAGAGGUUUUGGAUUUAUUAAAAAGUAAUAAUGAUGUUGAGAGAAGAAUAUAGGAGCUGAGAGAUGCAUUGGCAAGGAAGAACAAGAGAAAAGAACAACUAGAAGGAGUGUUUAAUAAGGAUUAAGAAUUAUUGGGUUAGAGAGUGUCAGAUAGUGUUAAUGAGAAGAAGCAAAUGCAGGAUUAAGUUCAUUAAAAAAAUUUAUAAAUUGCUGCUUUGAAUGAGGAAUUAUCAAAAUUAUAGUAAAAAAUAUUUGAGAAGGAGAAGGCAAUUGAUGAAAAGGAUAGGGAAGUUAGGAAUAGUUAAUUAGUUAAGACUUAUUAAGAUAACUGUGAUAGGGCUGAUGAAUUAGUUAGGAAGAAUGUAGAGAUAGAAGAAACUCUGAAUAAUUUGGAAGUGAAACUGGCUGAGAAAUAAUAGAGAUUGAAGGAAAUUUAAAAUCAUAUUGGUUUUGACUCUAGCAUUUCGAAUAUCUAAGAAGCAGUUGAAAAUGCUGGGAUCAUUAAAUCUUAUGAUUAAGAGUAAGAUUCAUAAUUGCAACAAUAGGAAUAAGUCCUUUAAGGUUAUAGCUUGAGUAUUGAUCAAUUGAAAAAUAAAAUAAUAUAGUUGAACAGUGAAUUAUCUGAUAAAGAUAAGAUUAAUGCAGAUCUUCGUAAUCAAGUAGCCGAUCUAAAGAAAUAGAUUCAUGGUUUUUAAUUAGCUCAAUAGGAUGUCAAGGUAAUCAAAAAGCAAAAUUAGAAAUUGUAGGAUGAGAUACAAGCUUUAGUUUAAGAGAACUUAAAUUACGAAGACUUGAUUCGUGAUUCUGAGUUUAAGUUACAAGAGAAAAAGUCAAGAGCUAAAGAAUUGGAUAUGGAAAUUAAGAAUGCUGAAAUUCAAAUAUAGGUUGAGAAGUAAAAUAAAGAAAGUUAAAUACUCUAACAAAGGAUUUAACAAACUGAUGAGUUAAUUAAGAAGAAUUUAGAAUUAGAUGAAGCAUUAAAAAAUUUGGAAUUGAGAAUCCUAGAUAAAUAGUAGUAGUUAUCAUAAAAAGAGGCUAGAAUACCUAAUUAGAAUUCAAGAAUUUUGCAAUAGCCUAUGUACAUUUACUAAGAAGAUUCAGAUGACAAGGCUAACAAUUUGAAAACAGAGGCAUCUCCAAAGACUUAACAUCAACAUCCAUUGAUCCAAGAGCAUAAUGACAAUUUGAGUGAAUUGGCUAGCUCUAUUAAUCAGGCGUAGGAGUAAGUUAGAUAAAUGAGUCUUGAUGAUAGUGAAGUUGAAUUCUAUUUAUAAUAGAAGAAAGAAAAACAAUUGGAAAUAGAGGCAUUAAAAUAACAAUUAUAUUAAUAAAAUGAAGUAAUGCAGGAUUUAAAAUAAGAGCAAAUUGAAAUGCAAUAAUAAAUUGAAUAACUUCAGAAGGAGAAUUCUAAUUUUGAUGAGCUGGUGGAGGAAUUGUAAUAAAAUUAGAAACAAAUGAUUGAGUAGGAGAUACAAAAGAAGGAUUACAAUUAACCUUAAGAAAUUGGAGGUCCUGAGUAAACUGAAAUAAUUAAAACAAAAUCAGAGAAUUUAGAAUUGAGUAAGAAAGUUCAAAAUUUGAAAUAGACUUAGAAAUAGUUGAAGAAUCAAAUUGCUAAUUAUGAUUCUUUAAUUAUUGAUCUGGAAACAGUAGUUGAAGACAAGAAAAACUAGAUUUAGAGAUUGAAUAAAGAUAAUUAAUUCUACUAGUAAUAGAAUAGAAAGUAAAAAGGAAGGAGAGAUUUAUUACACAAAGAACAAAAUAAUUUAUAAUAUCAACUUAAACUUUUAGAGCCUCAACUUUAAGAACUUCAAUAAACGGAAAAAUAAAUGUAAUAAUAGAUUGCUUAGCUUGAGUUAAAUUUAUAAAAUCUGGAUGACAAGAAAAAACAAUUAGAAGGAUAAAUCAAGUAGAAGCAAGAGAUAAAUUCUGCCUUGGAAUUACAAUUGUCAACUUUGAAUCAAGAUAUAGGUUCAUAAAACGAGAAGAAACAAUUAUUAGAAUCAGACUUGAAUUAAUUGCGAAAUGAAAAUCAAGGGAUAGAAUAAGAAGUAAAGAUUUAUAGGAAUCUCAAUUUAGAAGAUAUCACUUUAAGUGAACAAAUAGAUGCUCUUACAAAAUAGAUAAAUGAUGACAAGUAAACCUAUGAAACCUUAUAAGAUGAAUAAAAAGCUACACAGGAAUAAAUCAGUUUAUUGCUCCCUUAAAAUAAAGAGAUUGAUGAAUUGAAAGAAUCUGCAAAAUUAUAAUACGCAUAAAAUGUAGAAGCUUUAAAUAAUUUAUAACAGGAAUUGCAAUAGAAGAUUGAACAGAAGAACAAAAUUUUCUAAGAAAUCUCUGAGACUGAGAAAUAUGUAGAUGAAAAUAAUCAUAUGCUAUAGGAUUUGAAUGAGAAGAAGGCUAAUCUAGAAGAUUAAAUAAAGAAGGAUGAAGUCUUGGUUGCUGCAGUUGCUUCUAAAUCAAAACGAUUAGCUGAAAAUCUAGAGGCUGAAAAACAGAAUUACAAUUCACUUAAUGCUGAAUUAGAAGAUUUUUUGAAGAAAAAAUAAGUUCAGGAACAAGAGUUAAUGAAAACUUUGAUUGAAAUUUAAAAAAUGAAAGCUGAGUAGGAAUAGUUCUAACAAUUAUAAUAACAGUGCUAAAAUUUGAAGGAUUAGAUUGGAAAAUGUGAAUAAGACAUUGAAAUCAAUUUAAAGAUAAUUCCUGAGAGGGAGGAAUAGUUAUUAUAAUUGUAAUCAAUCGUUGAGAAGAAAAAUGAUAUGUUAGAUGCUGCCUAAUAAGAAGUAGAUAAAUUAGAUAAACUACUUGAUGAAGUAUAAUAAAAGAAGGAAUCGAAGGAAAAGGAGUUGGAGGAUUAAAUUAGACUGAAUGAAAAUAUUGAAAAUUAACUUCUGGAAAAUUAUUAGAGAGAAAGGGAGUUAAAGAAUCAGAUUGACUCAAUACAAUUGUAAGAUCUCGAUGCUUUAUUACAAGACCGUAUCAAAUAAAUUCGUGCACAAGAGGGAUUAAUAGGGGAAAUUCAAGGCUAUAAAGAUGAAUCAUAAAAAUUAUAAGAGGAAUGUAAUUAACUUAAGUAACAGAAUGAAGAACAAGAGAAUCUCAAUAAUGAUCAGAGGUAGGAGCUUGAAUUCAAAUUAUUAGAAAAGAAUGAUAUAGAGUAAGAUCUUCAUUCUGCAUCAGCUUAAUUAGAUGAAAUGAAAUUUUAAUUGGAAGAAAAGAAUGACGAAUUGACAAAAUUAAAUGAUUAAUUUAAGAAAGUAGAUGAGGAGUCUAAGAUGAUGGAAGCUGUUUUAUAAUUGAAGGAAAAGGAGUUAAAAUAACUACAAAAGAAGAAAGAAAAUUUAAUUGAUGAGUUAGAGAGAAUAAACAAUGAUGUUAAUGAAGCUUAGAAACAAUUGACAACUAAAAGGAAGAAACAAAGAUCCUUAGGUGCAGAGCCUCAAUAACAAGAUGAGGAUAUGGAAGAAGAUAUCUAAGACAAGAUCACUUCUUUAAAUUCACGUAAUAAUAAUUUGAAGGAUGAUCUUUAGAAAUUGGUAGAGUAGAGUCCAGACACAACAGAAAAGAAGGCUGAGGAAGAGUAAGUGAACAAAGGUAUUCCUGUUUCAGUUUCACAAUUUGCUCAAGAUAAAAUCUAACAAGCCUUGCAAGACAGAGAUAAGAAAAUAGAAAUAUUAGAAAUGACCAUUUAGACACUGUAAUAGUAACAACAAGAAAAAAAUAGUAUAAUUCCUUCUAUGUUUUAAUCUAAGAUGUCAAUGCAGCCGAGUUUCUUUUUGGAUGACGACCCGAUACUCUUAGAAUUGCAAGAGAAAUUCACUAAGGAAAGUGAAUUGUUGAAGGACUUACAAAAUAAAAUUAAGUAGACUGCUGAAAACCACUUAGGUUUAUCUUUAUAAUUGAAGGAUUGGGCUGAAAAGGAAAAUAGAUUAGCUAAAGAAUUGGACUCAAGAAGAUAGAGUGUAGAAUAAAUUGAGUUUGAACUUUAAGCAAUCUUUGGGAAAUAAUCAGAUUUAGAAUCCCAAAAGGUCAGUGUUUUACAAAGAAUUUAUGAGUUAUAAGAUGAAACCCAAGAACUCAAUGAGUAAGAAGGCAACGCAAGAAACAAAUUAAAAGAGAAGAAAGAUUACUUAUAAACACUUUACAAAAAUUUGAUUGAAAGUGAUCAAAAGCUUUUGCAAUUAAGAAAUAGAAUGGCCAUAUAUUCUCAAGAAGGAAGAUAGUUGGCUGAAUAAGUCGAGAAUUUAGAGAAUGAAAAAGAAAAUAAAUUAUAAUAUUUAUAAGACAUUUAGUCAGAUUUAGAACAUGCAGAGAUUGAAAAAAAUGAGAAGCAAACAUUAGUUCAAUCUAUUGCUAAAGAAAUAAGUGAAACACAAUAAGAAAAAGAUAGAUUAGAAAUUCAGUAUGCCACUGUUCAUAGCAAGAAUCAAUCAUUGAAGAAUUAAAUUGGAUUCGAAGAAUCUCUUUAUUAAAAAUUACUCCAAGAAUUAGAAAUUGCUAAAAAGAGAGACCAAACCAAAUUCCAAAAUCUCUUUUCCGAUGGAUCUACUCAAACUGAAUAUGACUUAGAAUAAUUUGAAAUUUUGUGCAACAAUACCUAGAUGUUCAAGAUUAUAAAGGACGACACAUUUUAAUUAAAAGAAAAUUGUAAAUAAAGAUUAAUCCAAAUAUAUACUAAUGAGAAUGCUAACAUUUAAUAAACUAUAAGUUAAAAUCAGCACUUGAAGAAGAUGAUCCAUUUAUAAUAAAUGUUAAUCCAAAUAUAAGAGAACGAAAACAUAAAUUUAAUAGAGUAUUAGUCCAGAAGGUCAUCAAAAUUUGGUUUCAGAAGUCUAGAUGAAUCAAUUUAUAUCAUGAAAAUAGAAUUGGAAUAGAUUGAUUUUAUGAUGAACAAAACGAAAUUAGUUGAAGUUCAAGUGAGUGAUCACUAAAUUAUAGUUGGAGAUGCCAAAAUAGCAAAGCAAUGGAUUAUAGAUAGAUAGUUUGAUUAUGAUAAUUCGUUAUAUCCUUUGGGUGUGCUGAAUAUCAUUUAUAAGGUCUCUCUUUAUCAAGUGAUUAAUAUUUCAUUAACUGGAACAAAAGUAUUAAACUUGUAUUAAUCUAUUUUGUGA